UCCAAUAGGCAUAUCAAGCAGUUUACAGAGACCACAGAGAAGGUGCACACAUGAUCUCCAGGCACAGUGGUGGGCUGUUUGCAAUGAGUCAGACAGCGAAUGCAAGCACCCCCCUGUUGUUGGGUUGUUGUUUAUCUCCAACCUGUCUUACAGUCGCACACAGUGGUCGCAAGCCUUGUCACACAGGUAGUGCACACUGACUCCGCUGUUAGCAGAUUCAGUGUUGCAAAUGCAGGUGAACAGUAUGCUAGCAUGAAAUACUAGCAUGAGCAGCUCCACUCCUCCAGGCUUAAUUGGAAGUACAGUCAUGGAGCUACCCGUGUAAAAAGGAAUGGUACCAGUUGGCCAUGUAUUGAGCUUACCUGCCAUACCUGGUACUGGUACAUGUACAAUGUGAUCUGGGUGCUUGAAUGACAAACAGCAAGCCAGCUACCUGCUGGUAAAGUUGAAAGAGCCUUUACCAGAGGUUGCAAAUGAUGCAUUCGUCCUGUGGUGAACUGGUAAACUGGAACUUGGGACACCAAGGGUCAGCAAUCUGUCAGUGUGCUGAGAUUAUAUCAAGAAGGAGGUGCGCAGGUGAAACUGUUGCUGAACUUUGCCAAGCUAUCCGAAAACCCUUCCAUUGCACAUUCCCUGAUUGUGGGUCAAAAUUCUAGGAGGCCUUCACUAUUGAAAUGCUCAAGAAUGCACUGGAUGACCUUUCACUGAAGCAAGAUGUGCCCUGUUUCAAGGAAUUCUGUGGAUGUAGGAUGAAGCAGUGGAGAUCGUAGCAGAGGCUGAGGCAUGAUGCAGGCAGUGAUUCCUAAGUCCAGAAAAGAGAAUUCUCUGGACUCCGUGCCAACUGAUCAGGUAACGAUGCCAUGAGAACUGUUAGAACUGCAGCGUUGUGGCCAAAGAGCAAUUGGAUGACUGGAAAUCAGGAUGCUAGCAAUGCAGGAGUCCAGACCAUAUUUGAGCCCAGUGUCCCCUGUUUAUAAGGACUGCCAGGUACCAUUUAAUAAGUUAACCCUAUUCUUUGGGCCCCAAGUCCAGCUGUGAGUAUUCAGUGGCCCCUUUGCACCGAAGAAGGAGGCACAGGUAGCCUUGUUGUCAGGGCAGGCCAUCUUGCUGUUGGCAUGGACAGCCUUGCUGCCAGUGCAGGUAGUCCUGUCACCGGCACAGGUAAUAUUGCCAGCGGCACAGGUGUAGUCCCAUCACCUGACAGACGGCCUUGCUAUCAGUGCAAGGAGUUCCAGAACCGGUUGGGGAAACCCUUCCGUCGGUGCAAGAAGCUGCAGUGCUACAAGUGCAGUUUUCCAGUUCUGGUGGGCUCAUUUUGAGUGACUGAUGGCGGAGCAUGGAGUUUUAUAUGUGUGAAAGAGGGUGAACCCAUUUAUUACCUGCUACUGUGAGCCAUCAUACCCAAAGAGCUCCAAGUGUAUUAUCUCUGGAAGUGUCACAAGAAAAUCACUGGACAUUGGUUUGUUAUAGCUACCCUUGCAAAGCUUAGCAGUACCGGUAGGCCUACACGUAUGGACUUUUGUUGGUUGUUCAUUCGUCCGUCUGCGUGUCGCUGUAAAGUUGACAAAAGUGGCUGGUACCGGUAGCCCAGGCCCCUGAGGUCAGCAGCCCUGCCCCCAGUUUAGGCAGCCCCACCUUGAACUUAAGCAGCCCCACCGAUGACAACCUCACGUCGGUAGGUGGAAUGGCUCACAUCUCUGAAAAUGCAAGCACACCCAGUACAUGUAUCUGCUGUGGCAGAGCAGGUUGUAGACCCCAGGCCCAGCGAGACCUACCAUACAUUACAAGUCGACUUCUGUCUUGCAGAUAGUCACCUAUGAUGACUGAGCAGAAAGCUAUUAAAUUGUAUGCAUGCAGAGAUUGUGGCAGGCAUUACGCCUUGACUUUUGCAUGCCAUAGGCAUGGGAAGGCUUCCGAUGACGGACUGAUGUGCCCACUUACAUGUACAUAGAAGUGAGCUGAUUACUGGUACUUACAUGUAGCCCAUAAUAUCAAGACCCAGCAAGGAGGGAAACCAGCUGGAGGAACGCUGGGCGAAUUUGCGGUGGACGGAGCUAAGUAUAUUACCUGCCCUGGUGAGGAUUGACAGUGCUCUAGGGAGAGUAGACAGCCUGAGCCAGGCAGUGAGCAGAAAUACUGGUAGUGCCCCUUACUUGUUAAGGCAGAUAGUGAUCAGACCCCCCAAGAAGCCCUGAGUAGUCCUUCCCACAGCUAGUACAUGUUCAUGGUCAAGGUCCCUCAUCCGUCAUCUGCUCGCGGGACUCCUUCCAACUGAGGGAGCGACGCACUGUGCUGCUACGAUGCCGUCCAAGAAGAACAAGUACAACUUGGUGGAGGAUGCCUUUGACACUCGAAUCCCGCUUCACAGCGAGGAGGCUUUCCAGCAUGGGAUAGCAUUUUCGGCCAAGUAUAUCGGCACGCUUGAUGUUCCCCGACCGAGCAGCCGAAUGGAGAUUGUCACAGCAAUGCGAAGAAUCAGAUAUGAAUUCAAAGCCAAAGCCAUCCGAAAGAAGAAAGUCGUCCUGACCAUCUCGGUGGACGGCAUCAAAGUCACUCUCAGGAAGAAAAAGAAAAAAAAGAAAUCAUGGGAUUGGGAUGAUGAGAAAUUACUGAUCAUGCAUCACCCAGUUUACAGGGUUUUCUAUGUCUCACACGACUCUCAAGACCUGAAAAUCUUCAGCUACAUAGCCCGCGACGGCCAGACUAAUAUCUUCAAGUGCAAUGUCUUCAAGUCACACAAGAAGAGCCAAGCCAUGCGCAUCGUGCGCAGCAUUGGCCAGGCCUUCGAAGUCUGCCACAAGCUGAGCAUCCAGCAUGCGUCCACGACGGGUGACGGACAGGCAGACGGAGAGAGCGACAAACAGGGUGAGGAACAGGCCACAGAGCCCAGCCCCAGCCACAAACGAGCAGUGGAUGGGGGCAACGAGGCCAAGCCCCGCCCCCUCUCAGCAGAUGUUGCCAAGGAAGCUCCCAAGAUUGACAACCAGGAGAUCAAGAUGCCGGAGCGACCGGCCAGCGCUCAGCCGGAGAUGAUGAGCAAGCACCCGUUCUUCAUCUCUCACUCACAGCAGAGGUUCUCAGCCUUCGUCCCACCGGUCAGCAUGGGCUACGACGAUCCCAGCAUGUCCCACAUGGCCUCGUUGUCGCUCUACCACCAACGCCAGCUCCUGCAGCAGCAAUUACAGCAGCAGGAAGCCCAGACGCAGGUGGCGCUGGCCCAGGUGCAGCUGCUGAAGGACCAGCUGUCAGCCGAGACCUCGGCUAGGAUGGAGUCCCAGGCAAGAAUUCACCAACUCAUGGUGCACAACCGUGAGCUCCUGAUGCACCAGCAAGAACUAGUCCUGCACAUCCAGGAACUAGAGAUGAAGCUCAGUGGUACUUCGCCCAGCCCCGGUAACCCGUUUACCAACAUGCAGCAGACGCCCACGGCCCAGCCUAUGGCCCAGCCCACGGCCCAGCCCGCUGAGGUGACCAUACCCAAGCCGGGGGAUGUCCUCCUGCCAGAGUUUCCUUUGCUGGCCGACAGCCUGCCCUUUGACCUGGUGGACCGGAACACGGAGGAACCCGAACCAGAGGAUCUGUUCGACAACUAUGAAGCCAUCAAGAAGCAUCGGGAGGAGACCAACCAGAUGAACAUCUCGCAGAAGCAAGCAGGGGAUCGGAGUAGCGGCAGCACUUCAGACAGCAACAACGACAUCUUCGGCCGUGGUCCCACCCUCCCGGAUGGCCACAAUGCUGACGAUUAUGAUGACCUGAAUGAGAGCCAGGAGGAGUUGGUCACCACCAGCCUGAAGAAGCUCAACAUCCUCUCCGACCCCCCUGAGGGCGACAGCUUUGGCCCUGCUGAACGGGACAUGUUUGAGACGCCCACCAUCGAGCGGCCCAAGAAGAUGGGCAGAGAGCGCGCCUCGACACCCAACGAUGGGGUCCGGGUGAUUGUGCCGGUUCCCAUGCAGGACUCGACAGGGAACAAGCUGGAGCUGAACGUCUCCCCCCUGGCAGAGGCUCCGGCCAGCAAAUCACCGAAGCAGCGCCGCCGGCAUCCUCACAGUAGCAAGCCACAGAGACAACAGCAACAAAAGCAGCAACAGGAGGAACAAUAUCCAAACUUGUUUGAGAUUUCCACCAACAACAACAGCAGCGGUCUGACCGACUCCUCGGGGACAUUAACCGAGCGAUCACCCCUCAACAUCAACUUCAACCACAACUCCCAAGGCCAGAGCCUCUCCGAUUCCAGGCUGACAAAUGCCAGCAACCACUUCUCCCAGCCUGUCCUCCAUUCCACUUCUCUGAGUAUCCACAGCCCUGGGGCUCUGUCGGAGGGCAGCCUGAGUCCCCAUGGCAAUGAGCUGUCAAUUCCAGAAACCAAACUCCACAUCAGUUUCUCCGACGAUGAAAACACAGAGAACUCAGAAGACUCCGGUGUUCCUCGACCGCCCAGGGCACUAGAGGCCCUGAACUUUGAUGAGUUAGAAGUUUUAGAGACAUAGAACUGGCCAGCAGUGGGUCGGACUCUUUAAUCACUUCAACCUGCCAAUCUGCUUGGCAUGUUACUGCAAUGACUGAGCCGCAUUCCAGUGAGAUAUUUGGUGGCUACAGCUUUGACUCUGCCCUUUCCAUGCAGAGGUGAAUAUUCACAGCUGUGGACAACAAUACCUGUUUUGGAUGUUAUCGAAGAAAUGUUUGACUCCAUAGUUAGUGUCAUUUGGGUGUUUUGGAAUGGUGAAGUUGCUUACAGAUUAGCCAAACUCCGACUUCUCCAACAUCACAGCAUGGAAUCAAUUUUCAUGGUGUUCUGAGGCAGAAAAGAUUUGCGCAGCAAAUUUAAGUCCUGAGCGAAAAUCAGUGUACAGAGUCCUUUGCUUGGGGACAUGUUACCAAAAUUUGGCCCCAAGUUAAUGGAGGUGCCAUGCAGGAAAUGUCGCUUAGCAACUUUUUCUAAGCAAAAUUCCGCUGAGAGCCAGUCACAAAAGAUAGGCAUUGUGGGACAAUUUGGCUGGUAACCAAUUUGUGCUAAGUGAAGACUUUUAUUGCCUACAAGCCAAACUGCUCUGUGAACUGGACUUCUUCGUGUAUGCACUCGGCACUUCCUUGAAACUAGUGCCCUGACCUGGGUUCAAAUUUUGUGCUACAGGUUUAUAGUUUUUCAAUUUAAUCCAGAAUGCAUCUGAAUGCAGGUCUGAGAUUUUCUAAGCAGUUUUGGACUGCCAGCUUGUAAUUGCAUGGCUGUAAAAGGCAUAAUUGCAAAAGUUUUUAAUACAAGCAUAGAUGCAUAUGGCAUGUCAGGGUGCUGUACAGAUGCUAAAAAAGCAACAUGGACUCUGAAAACAAAUGAUUUGUAUCAUAGAGGGUCUGAGAGUGAAGUCUGACAUAACGUGAAAAGAUGAGAAUGCAUCAUCACGGUUAAUGGGUUGCCUAACUGCCUUGUGAAGUCAACGUGGACAUUGCAUGCCAUUGUGGGUAACAUUCUCACAUUCCUUAUGUAGUGUUGAUCCCAAACCAUCAGAGUACACAGAAUCACUUUGGUCAGAUCCUAGGGAAAUUGGAAGCUAACAAUUACCCUGGGAUUUAGGCGUUGAGUGUCCAAUCAUUUGGGAUGGAUGGAACGUUCCAUUUGGAACGCCUUGGAGUGUGGCAUCACCAUCAAAAUACUGCCUAAUGAUGGCCUAUGCACAAAGUUGACGGUUCCAAUGAAAUGGUCCAACGAGAUGUAAAUGUUCCCGACUUUUGAGACACUCCCUCAGAGUUAAUAACUGUUGAAAAAUAUCGCUGCCGAAACAUUUGUUUCGGAAAAUGGAUUGCAAUCCAUUCUGUGGUAGACAUGCUAUAGAAGGGUUUAGCGGUCGCUAUUCGUAAUUUGUACAGGUUGUAUAUAUUUUGAGAGUGGCAUUGGGCGGUUAUCUUGAUUUGAAGCAAAAUUGGCUCCGACAAGCACUGUCUGCUUGAGAUGGGCCUUUCCCAAUGCCACAUGUAAAUUGAGAUGUACACGUAAGUUGUAUAGUGAAUUGGCGCCCUCAAAGAGGCAGGACUGUUGUUGAUAAUUCCUUGGAGGUACAUGUCGAUCCUUUUCUGACAAAUUUUUCCAAGCGGUAAAUAAGCUCCAUUAAUGUAAAUGAAUAGGAAUUGGAAAUGAGGGAGAGACUACAACAGUGAACUUUUCACCAGGAAGACAGGUGUUGGAUUCCAUGAUGGAAUAUCAAAGCCUGCGUCACUCUGAAGUUGCCUCAGAAGGUUGCAUUUUUAAAAAAAUGAUAAAAUAUCUUGCAUGUAUUUACUUAUUCCAUAAUAUUAUAUUUUGCGUUUUCCACAAUGUGUUAGUCGACAAGUCAUCCAGUCUCUGGUCAAAUCACACAAGCCAUUCCAAAAAUGUGUAACGUUUCUCUUAUUGUAGCCCAGGUUAAUAGUGAACAAGCCUGUGAUUGGUUUCUUGUAGGCCUACUCCAUUGUCUGUUUUGGUAAACAUGGCCGCCAAAAUUGAAAGAUAAUUCAUAUUCACCAAGAUCUUACAAAACAGAUUGAAGCAAAGAUCAAAUUGGAGCACUAUGUAAAUAGCAUAAACUUAACUGUGACAUUAGUAUGUCCAUCUCACAGGGUAUUUGAUAGAAAUUCAGAAAUGUCUGACAAUUCAGAAAUUUGUGCAGAAUAUUUUUGAUAAAAGCCUGUCUUGCACGCACGUCAUUGUUUUUGAACUUGCCAUGAAAUGAACUCACUGGUAUUCAUGCAGCAUCGUCUGUGUUCUGUAAAUUGUUGAGAUGUUAACGUUUUCAAGUGUGGUUUUCUGUCUAAAAAGGUUCCACCGAAUUUAACUUUUGCCAUGAAUAUAACUGUUUCUCCCAAACUGUUGUACAUUUUGAUUUACAAGUUAUUUGAAAACAUUCAGAAAGAUUGUAACUUUUUCAAGAAAUUCAAUCCUAGUUCGUGUUUUGAAAAGUCUGAACAAUCCCACCAAUUGAAGGCAUUAUUUUGAAAAAAAAAGAGUUAAUUUGGAACCGUGCUACAGUUUGCAUUUUCUUGUCAAUAUUCCAUUGAAAGUUAGGAGCAUGUGUUAUGUAUUAAUCAUUGUGUGAAAAUCUAAAACAAAUCAUGUAAAACAAGUAAAUAAAGUUUUUAACAGUAAGUGUAAAAUUAUUGUUUUAACUGAGUAUUCCUGAUGCAAAAGUGUGAAAUAUAGAAGAGACUAGAGCAAAGUGUAUUUUUAUGUGAAAUGAAAUUUAUAUAAUUAGUAUCUAGGCCUGCUGCAUAUUCAUGUUAAUAAUUUGAGAUAUAUACAUAUUCAUAUUUAUGGGCUGUCACGUGUAAACUCAUUUUUUUAAUUGUAAGUAUAUGUAAAUGAGAUUGGCAUCAUUGGGCUGCAUGUUUCAAGGAUGCAUGCUUGCAUGGUUACUUAUGGUUGUAUUCAGUUUUUAGUUUCUGAGAUGGUGUUAAGUAGGUAUACGUAGAGCUAGAUUUUCGGCUAAUGUAUUUGAUGUCUUUUAUUCUGUUUUUGUUAGUGGUCAGAAAGACUUUGGCUCUCACGUGAUCGCCCUUUCCAUCGAUGUGGAAUUUUUGACCAGAAACAACAGGAAUCUUGGAAAUUGUAUUUACUGGUAUGCAAGAUUGAUGCAUUAAUCGUUCAUCUGUUCAUGUUUUUUGUUCCCUGACAUUUUCUCCAACCUUGCUAUUAGUUGUUUCUUGUGGUGUCAUUGUCCAACGUUUUUGCUAAGUUGCUUUAGGGUGGACAAUGACAUGCAUAACUCCAGUCAUAAUUCAGCCAAAUGGUCAUGGCAAGCAUUCUGGUUGGAAAACGGUCUCCAGGAGCAAUAUUAUCAAUCAGGUUUAAAAUUCUGUAUUCAGAGGUGCUUUUAGUUUGAUGUUUUCUUUUGUUUCUCAAAGUUAUUUCUUAAAAGUUUUGGUUUCAGUUUGUUUUAUAUUUGCCAAAAUAUGUUCGGGUAGUCGGCAGUGGUCUUGUAAAAUUAUGGUUUUCAGUAUUAUGAGUAUAACUAAAUCAGGUCGAGUGUUGGUGGCAAAAUGUUGUUCUUUGGAAUUAGGUGAUGUAAAAAUUGUAACAUUGCAUAGAUUUAUGUUAUUUAAUUUGGUUAAACUGUUAUUUAAAAUGAAGGAUUUGGUUGACCUCGGGGUUUAUAUUAGACAGGGGUAAGUUUGAGCAGUUAGAAAUUGUCAACCUAUGGUCAAUUUUGACUGGUAAAGUAUGUAUGAAGUAUAUGCCGGUCACCAGGCAAAAUCGACCAGUGGUUAACAGACGAUUGAACUUGCCCCUAGAUAAAGCAGCUGUGAAGUGUCUUCUAAGAAUUCAAAAUUUUAUCACUUUCGACUUCUCGUUUCAAGGUUGAAUUCAGACUUCCAUAAUUUCUUUGUGAUUUCUUACCACUUUGAGCUCUUUUGUUCGUAGUUUAUGUAGUUGUAUGUUAUAAAACACCACCACAGUUGGGACUUUAGUUUAAGUAUUCUUGUGAAACAUGAACCGUAUUUCAAAGAUCGACUUGCACCGGGGAUAUGUAAAUUAAUUUUGGAUUUUUGCCCUGCCUGACCUGUCUUUUUUAAUACUGUAUGCUUAUUGUAUGCCUUUGAAGACUUGUGAAAAAACCCACAAGCGUGCAAGACGUCUGCACUAGUAAGCAGAAGGUCUUGGGGUAGAGUCCCACCUG